UGGGUUGGUUCCAUUGACGAAGCUCUGUAGGGAACAGUAUAACGGGCGAUUUCCAACAACAACGUAACUACAAGGCUGUGUUGGUUCCAUUGCUGAAGUGAAGCCCUUCUCUCGAACUAGAUAUGAGUAUGGCCCCAGCGGAAGUUAAAAGGGAAGGUGAUGAUUAUGACAUUCCAAAUGAAGCAGAUGACAUCCGUUUGAUGAAUGAAAGUCGGGCAGAACCUGAUCAUGGUUGCGAAGCUGGUCCGAGCAAUGAAGAAGCAACCAACAUGAACGUUGAAGAUGGCGGAGCCGAUGUGAAAAAAGAAAUGGUUGACGAUGCUCACCGCAAUGACAUGGUUGGUGAUGUUGAACGUGCUAUUCUGGAACAGAAAUUUGAUUCGGUCGAAGAUGGAGAAGAUUUCUACAAUGCGUAUGCUAAAGCCAAGGGAUUUAGUAUACGAAAAUCCAGAUUUAACACAAAUAAAGAGGGAAAGGUCGUUAGUAGGCUGUGGUUGUGUUCAAGGGAAGGUCAGAGAUUACCAAUCACUUCGUCGCAGACCACAACCAUGAAUUGGCGAAACAACACUGUGUGA